GUAAGAUGAGCCAUUGGACACGUGAGCCUGAUGCCAUCCCAGACACCUGCUGUGCCCCAAAUGCGCUGGGCCAACUGGGUAUAUGUACGCAGGGCGAAGGUAGGUUCCUCUCCAAGAAGGCUCAACUACAGGGUUUCCAGGAGCCUUGAACAGAGCACAGGUGAAGAGAGGAUGGGUUAUGCAGGCGCCGGCCACACAGCUGUUCCCAGGGACCCUUUAGGAGCGCUUGUACCGGCCACAGGAAACAGCAAAGGAACGGCAGCUGAAUCAGGAAAAGGGGGGACAUGGAUGCAGCUGGAAACCAUCAUUCUCAGCAAACUAUCGCAAGAACAGAAAACCAAACACCACAUGUUCUCACUCAUGGGUGGGAACUGAACAAUGAGAUCACUUGGACUCAGGAAGGGGAACAUCACACACCGGGGCCUAUUAUGGGGAGGAGGGAGGGGGGAGGGAUUGCACUGGGAGUUAUACCUGAUGUAAAUGACGAGUUGAUGGGUGCUGACGAGUUGAUGGGUGCAGCACACCAACAUGGCACAAGUAUACAUAUGUAACAAACCUGCACGUUAUGCACAUGUACCCUAGAACUUAAAGUAUAAUAAUAAAAAAAAAAUCACAAAGAACUUUAUAUGUACAUUAUAUAAAAGUGAGUUAGGUUAAUGAUGUGGUUACAAUUCCAUGGCUAUUUAAUGAUUAAAUAUUAGACGUUCUUCUUGAUCUCAAGCACUUAGAGCCCAGAAGAGAAGUCACACAUAAAACCCAUGUAGUACAGUUUCUCUUGCGCUGUUUCAAACAAAAAGGUUGACUGCUAUACAGCAUCAGAAAUCCUUCAGAAGGAACAUAGUAAAAGAAUAUUGCGUAAAACAGGACUUUAAAACUUAACAUUGCAUAUACCUUACAAAUGUUGUUGAAAAUGUUAAACAUUGUAUUACAUGAUGUCCUCCUUAGGAUUUUAGUGCUAUAUAUAGAUUUGCCUGUCUUGGAUAGAAAAGAGAGAACAUUUUCCUCUUUUUUAUGAAUCUGUGAAUUUUAUAACUGCUCUUUUUUUUCCUCUCUGUGUUAAUUUCUAGAAAGUAAAGAGUCAAUAUGAGUAGCAAGUUCGGGGGGACCUUACAGAAGAAAGUAAAGAUACUUUAUCAUAGACUUCCCCAGUUUAAUUUAAUCUGAACCAGACGCCACACGCCUAACAGUCCAUGCAACAAGCCAUGGCUACUUCAGUUCCGUGGGCAGUGCUCACACGGGCCUCCAUGUGUCCACACAGGACACAGCUUGCAAUCCAAUCUGCCUUAUUCUUAGAGGCAUUCUCUUGUUUUCAGAUCUGUCCCUGUCCACCCUCUGCACAUAGCUUUGCUUUAGUUUCCCUGUCCACCAUCUACACAUAGCUUUGCUUCUGUUUCCCUGUCCACCCUAUGCACAUAGCUUUGCUUCACUUACUUUGGCUUUGAUCUGUAACAGUUUUGAGACAUCUGGUCCCUCUCACCCUUUAGCGUAUUCCACUCUUAGCUGCCAGGCCCAGCCACACACAAGGGGAUGUUUGCUGAGGUGAGACAGGGAGCAGCUCUUUUAAGUUUCCCUUCAAAUUGUCGCUGUAAAUGGAGUCAUGGAAUCAUAGAACCAUGAUUCUAUGUUUCAAUGGAAGCCAGUUUAACUUCUUAAAUAAUGAAUGAUCAGGCACAAUUUGUGAUAUAACUCAAAGAAAACAUUUAUUACUGGGAUAUGGAGCCAAACAAUUUGAGGCAAAUAUUUAUUUCUUCCAUAGGUACAUACUAUUAUGUAUGCUAUUUAUAGGGGAUCGAAAGUGUGUCCUUGAUCCUUGAGUGUGUUUGCUGGAAAGAAUGAGUCAUCCCCAAGGAAAGAUCUUUCAAGGAAAUGACAGAUUCAUGCUUGCCAUAUGAAUAAACUUCCUACAAGUUUCUAUCUCUCUAUCAUCUAUAAAUAACACUUUCCCCACUUAAUGUCAGACAUCCUACAAAUUUUUAAAUGAACUUGUAUAUUCUUUAUUGACAUUGUCUCAUCAGAAUAAAGAUAAGUUUUUACCCAUAUACAACUCAAUAUCUGGUACACUUUAUCUGUAAAUCAAGUGUUUGUUAAGAAACCCAGAUUGAGUUCAAUCAUCUUGAUUGCUUUGCUUGACCUUCUCCAGUUUUCUGAAGACAGGUUUGUGAAGUGAAGAAUUUGCAAUAAAAUGGUCAAUAUGUAAGUAUCUAU